AUGCAGCCCAUUGGAAGGAGGGACAGCGACCGCGCGAGCCCAACAGAGCGAACCCUAAGGAGUCCCGAUCGAGGUGAGCGGCGCAUCGAUCCGGAAUUAGAGUGUGGCGGCCGGUUCCAUCCAUCGAAGACCGCCGGCUGCGUCCGUCCACCUCAAGAGUUCAGGAAUGGGAUCGAGUCCAUCCGGUCGAUCCCAGCGACCGGAGGAGCGGGAACCAGUCCAUCCGCUCGAUCCCACCGACCAUCUGCUCCAUCCCAGCGACCAGCGGAGCAGGAUCCGGUUCGAGCCGAUCCAAUACAGCGCGUGGCAGAGAGGGAGAGACACCUCCUCUACUGGUACUAUAUAAUGCCUCCCUCCCUGGCUCUCUAUGCACAUCUUACUCCAGCAGCAACAUCUUCUUCGGCGACAUGCUCAGUUGAUUUGGGCAGAUUCUGCAGCUUCCUAUUGUCCAUUUUUGUCCUCAGUCAUUCAUCAUCUCAAAUGGCUUUUGGACAGUUGCCGACUGCGUGGCCCGCACGCCUUCCAUCGAGGCCGGGGAGGCAUUGGGUAGUAAGGGCCAAGGAUAAGCGUUGCACAGCGGCGGACGACGUCGCCCAGGCGCCAGGCCAACACAUCUCCAGGAUGGGCCUUAAGGUCGUGCCAAUGAUAGCACCCUUCUCCAAUCUCUGUGCAGUCAACAUCUCCGGCAACUUCAUGGGUAAGCACUGCCGCUGCCGGUCAGUAAGAUCGACAGAACAUUGUCAAUUGCUACUGCACCAAACAAUAGUACUUUCAGUAUCCCUUGACGGCUUCUCCAAACAAGGUGGUGUAUGAAAUUGCUAAUGAAGGGCCACGACCUGAAACUCCCGAAGGGACUCUUUGCAACUUAAUUGCGGGUGAUGUUACUUUCUGAUGUGAUGUUCUGUUUUCCAGGUUUCGGGUGGAAUAAGUGUAGACUCACGUCAGCUUAUUCUGAUCUUUAGUUUCAGUUUAGGGACAAUUAUUUUGUUUAUUACUUAUUGCUUGGCAAAGCCCCAUGAUCGGCCAAGCCUUCAGUAGAUCCUUGCUUGCUCCAUUGCGGAUACGCUGUAUAUGUAUGAUAUUUCCACCAGAUAGUCAAGGAUAUGUGCAAGUCAGCAAAGUGGCAGUUCAGUCA